GUGAUGCUAACGGCAAUGUGCUCUGUUCUUAGAGCACAGAGUGGGUCCGUAUUGACUAGCGACCGAACCAGAGCAAGAGACCGGGACGGGACGCAGCGGAAGAUGGCUGCGGCGGCGGCGUGGGACGGCCCGACGGCGGGCGAGCUGAAAGCGGCCGGCGCGGAGGCGAUUCCGGGCGGCGUGCGGGUGAAGGGCUGGGUCAUCCAGACUCACAAGGGGCCCAUCCUCAACUCCGCAUCUGUGAGCCUAUAUGAAGAUAAACUUCAGACGACACAUUUACCUGAGAUGGUGUUUGGAGAGAGUUUUGUGUCUAUUCAGAAUGCUCAAACUGGUGUCAAAUUACAUUUCAAUGCGCUUGAUGCUCUCAAGGCAUGGAAACAAGAGGCAUUGCCACCUGUUCAAGUUCCUGCUGCAGCAAAAUGGAAAUUCAGAAGUAAUCCUGCUGAUCAAGUGGUACUUGACUAUGACUAUACAUUCACGACACCAUACUGUGGGAGUGAUGUGGUUCUGAACCAAGACGCUACGCAAACAAGUUUAGAUGAAUGUAGCAAUUUGUGUUGGGAGGACACUGAUGACAGGAUAGACCUUGUUGCCCUUUCUGCAAAAGAACCAAUUCUUUUCUACGAUGAGGUUAUCUUGUAUGAAGAUGAGCUAGCUGAUAGUGGUAUUUCAUUCCUUACAGCGCGAGUGAGGGUGAUGCCAACCGGUUGGUUUCUGCUCUUGCGCUUUUGGCUUAGGGUUGAUGGUGCGCUAAUGAGAUUGAGGGAUACCCGUUUACAUUGUUCUUUUGGAAGUAAGGAAGCGAAGCCGGUUGUACUGCGUGAACUCUGCUGGAGGGAAGCAACAUUUGCUGCCAUGUCUGCGGAAGGGUAUCCUUCUGAUUCCGCGGCAUACGCAGACCCGAAUCUUGUCGCCCGUAAGCUGCCCGUCGUGAUGCAGAAGACCCAGAAGCUGAAGAUACCCAGUUAACCUGCCAAGGCACCUCUACGGUGUGUUCGGCACAUCCAUGACUGUUCGACAGUGGUCACAACUCUGUUUGCAUUUGUUGUAGAUGUGAGCUACCCGUUGCUUUACCCAUUUAUCUUGAAGCCCUUGCGACUGACUGACAAGUAAUGGUAGGCCAUUGUAGCCUGGGCUUGUGAACUUGACAGAUAAGAAGGACGCAGUCUGGGCAAUCCUCAUUCAUGACUGAAUAAGAUGUUUACAGGCUUCAGUUCGUUUUUC